CUCCUUCCGCAUUUCUGGGCCCAGCUGCGGACGGAGCGACGGCUGGGGGCAAGGCAAGCUUUGGAUCGCAUCCUGCCUCUUUCGGAACAGGAAAGCAUCUGUGGUUGAAGCCUCGCAGGUGUCUUUCUAUAGGUCACUUCCUCCCUUUCAGACCGAGGUUUUAGAAAUUUGGUGUGCAGGAACAUGUCUCAGUCUGGAGAAAAAGUAAAGUUUUCCGACUCGGCUGGAUACGUGGGGUUUGCCAAUCUCCCCAACCAAGUUCACCGGAAGUCGGUUAAGAAAGGGUUUGAAUUCACCCUCAUGGUUGUCGGAGAAUCAGGUUUGGGAAAAUCCACUUUAAUCAACAGUUUAUUCCUGACGGAUUUGUAUCCUGAACGUUACAUCCCUGGAGCUGGAGAAAAGAUCGAAAGGACGGUUCAAAUCGAAGCUUCGACUGUCGAGAUUGAAGAGCGAGGGGUCAAGCUGCGUCUGACUGUCGUGGACACUCCGGGCUAUGGAGAUGCCAUCAACAGCCAAAAUUGUUUCAAAACCAUCAUCCAUUAUAUCGACAAUCAAUUUGAAAGAUAUCUUCACGAUGAGAGCGGCUUGAAUAGACGCCAUAUUGUAGACAACCGAGUCCAUUGCUGCUUUUAUUUCAUUUCCCCUUUUGGACAUGGACUAAAACCUUUGGAUGUGGAAUUCAUGAAGGCGCUUCAUGGAAAAGUGAAUAUAGUUCCUGUCAUAGCCAAGGCAGACACUUUAACUUUGAAGGAAAGGGAACGACUGAAGAGAAGGGUGUUGGAUGAAAUAUCUGAGCAUGGCAUCCGGAUUUACCAACUGCCCGACGCUGAUUCUGAUGAGGAUGAAGAGUUCAAAGAACAGACAAGAGUCCUGAAGGCCAGUGUUCCUUUCGCUGUGAUUGGGUCCAACCAGCUAAUUGAAGUGAAAGGAAAAAAGAUCCGAGGCCGCCUCUACCCCUGGGGGGUGGUGGAAGUGGAAAACCCUGAACACAACGAUUUCCUCAAGUUACGCACGAUGCUGGUGACACACAUGCAAGAUCUCCAAGAGGUAACCCAGGAUUUGCACUACGAAAGCUUCCGGUCGGAGAGACUAAAGAGGACCGGCAAGCCUGCCGAAGAAGAAGUCCUGGACAAAGACAGGAUCCUUCAGCAGAAGGAGGCUGAGUUGCGUCGUAUGCAGGAGAUGAUCGCCCACAUGCAAGCCCAGAUGAGGAUCAAACCUGUGGACGAGUAACGAGGAGGUCUCCUAAAUCUUUGACGUGGGGAUGCGAUGGUCUUAAGAAAAAAGGGGCCAUGAAUUCAAAUUGAAUUUCAGUGAUGACACUAAUGGAUUUGAGAGGUUCACGCUUGGAUACCGGACCAGGAUAUGACCCCGUGCAGCUAAAAAACCUUGAAUUUCCUAUUGGGGAAAAAAAAACACCUGUCCAUGGAUAUGUAUAACGUUGCUUCUAUCUUCUUUCACGUCUUGCUAUGCAUGAAUGCAUUGUUUAAAAUCCCCCCCCCCCAGUUAACAUGCCACGUCAUAUCUGCUAAGCUUUAGAAGCAGGAAUUAUUCCUUUUUUUUUUUCUCUUCCGCCCAGGUGGCUCUUGAUACGUUUCUAUCUUUUUUUAAUUUCUUUCUUCAUUAAGCCAAUUUCUGAAUCUGUACUAUAAGCCCUGCCGGAAGUAUAUUUUCAGUUAGUCUUGCCCAAUUCUUCUGAACUUUGUAAGUUGUAUAUACAUUUAUUUGCAGCCAUCGGUGAGUUUAUAGCAUUCUUCUCUCCGCUUUUUAAAAAAAUGUUUGUCGGUCACAAGGGGAUCAAAUUCUUCCUUUCUGGUGCUCCCUUUUAAAAAAAAAAAAUACGGUACAGAACAGAAAAACUAUACCUCGUCAGUGAUGUGAAAAAUUUGGAGAAUUUCACCCACAAUGCCUUAAAAACUAUGGGUAGAACACGACAUGCCGUCUUUUUUCUAAAAGAAAUUUCUAAAUUUCUUUCUAAAAAAAAAAAUCGCUCGUGGAUUUUUUGGGUAUUAGAUUCUCACUGUGUUUUCUAUCAAAUUUAAGGCUCUGUUCGGUUGAGAGAACAAUGAUAUAAAUCCUCAAAAGGUUUUUGUAGGCAUCGUGACACUAAUUUUCUGGACCGUUUUUAUAAUAAAUGGAAUCCACCUGUGAAAACU